AUGGAUGUCAAGAGCAAAAACAUUAUUGAUGUCUUGUCCGAGGCCAAUGCAAGAAUUCUGUUUGGUGCACUGGAUGCGAUCGAUGGUUCCAAAAUAAUUACGUGGGAUCCUGUUCUUAUUAAACAAUUUAACUUAGUGACGACAACAGAACAGCUAAAGCAGCACAGAGUUGUUUCGAUGUUACAGUUGGACCUUUCACCAAGAGUACCACAAGUGGAGCAUAAUCAUGUCGUGUAUAUUUUAUCGACAUCGAAUACAUCAGUAAUCAACAAACUGAUUACAUGCCUUAAAUAUGCUCGAUCCAUUAAUGAUGACCGCCAGCAUCACGCUUUGAUAGUCCCAGAAGCCUCAUUCAUGAUUCGGGAUACGUUAAAGCAGAACCGAGAAGCAAACUCAAUUUUAAAAACACUUGAAUCACUUCCACUGAGACUUUUUCCGCUUUACGAUGAUUUCCUUACUCUUCUUAUGGAUAAUUUGCCUUUAAAGCUUCUAUUAGAUAACGACUGGACAGAAUUACAGAAGUGUGCUUCAGUAGUACGGCAGCUUGAACUUUUAGUGGGCUGUUUACCCAACUUAAGAUGCAAGGGAAAAUGGGCGGCCCAAGUAGUUGAAAUUGUAAAGAAAAUGAGAACUCAGGAGGAAGCGGAAGCUGUGUUGGAGCAGAAUGGUUUUCAGAUAUCGGAUAUUAUCUUAAUCGACAGAUGGAUUGAUCCUUUAACACCUCUAUUGGUACAAUUAACAUACGCUGGUUUGGUCGAUGAAAUAUUCGAUAUGGGUGCUACAGGUAACAUUAAGACAUCAAAAGUAAGGAGCGCAAAUGAUUUAGCUGAUACUACUAGUGAAAUAUCAUUGCACGAUCCACUUUUUAAAAUUAUUCGGGAUCUUCAUAUCAAAGAUGUUGGAAAACAAAUAGCAGAAACUCUUGUAACACUUCGCGACGAGCGAGCAAGAUUAAAAGAAAAUCCACCGAGUGAUUCGCUAGCGGAAAGCAAAGUUUUCGUCCGAAGAUUGCUUGACAUGCAAGGAAGUGAGAAACAUGCCGAUACCCAUACACUGAUUGCCGAAAGUCUUAUGAGCUUUAUCCGUGAUGAUUUGCGGUACUCCACCUUCCCAAAGUUGGCGAUUGAUAUCGUGCAAGGAGAAUAUGGCGAUCGAGUCAUCCCGCAGAUUGAAAACCUCAUUCUGGAGGCAUACAAUCCUUUAAUCGUUUUGCGUUUCAUUGUACUUCAGUGUAUGGUUGCUGGUGGUUUCAAGAAUACUACCAUUAGUGUGUAUGAGCGACUUUUCAUUCAGAGCUAUGGUGGAUAUUAUAUGUCACUGUGGAUAAAAAUGCAGAUAAUGGGACUUUUAUGGGAAAAAAAUAGAAAGAUAAAAUGCGAAUAUGCUCCAUUUGAUUUUCAAACUUCGUGUCACCGAAUGUCAUGUUUUGUCGACGAAGAACAUAGUGCAUAUGGAACAACAGCAUACCCUUAUAAUGGUUACAUACCCUUUAUUGUUCGGUACAUCGAAACGGGUAUACGAAAUAGUUGGCGAGACUGGACAACGAUUCUGAGUGAUGAUCGUCCGACAGUGGAUCAUGCCACUUAUUCCAUCAUUUUUAUUAUUGGUGGUAUCACGCAAGCUGAGUUAGCAUGCCUCAGAAAAACGCAUUUUUCAAAUAAGUUGUUAAUCGUUUCAAGCGCAUUAAUGACGGGCAAUAAGUUGAUCAGUUUAAUACAGAAUAGUUAA